CAUUCCCAGAUUAACUGCCCGCAAACAAACAAGCUUCACCUGUCUACCUGUGCCAAUACUAUUUGUGCCGCCCGAGUGUGAAUAUCAGCUCCAGCUGUCUAUCAAAAUCUUCGGUUACUCACAGUACAGCGAGUGCAAAUCAAUGUGGGAUACAGUUUUCCAAAUAUCAAAAGUUGCAGCAUCCUCCUCUCGAUCAAACAAACAGUAAAGAACACAAAGUCAAGUGUAUUGAAUUUCACCGAUGCGCAAUGAUUUACGCAAAUUCUGACGUACUGCUAACCGGUUACCUCACGCUGGUGCUUGUUUGUCUGGCUGCAUUCUUUGUCUGGUUCAUGUCAACGUCGGGAACACGAUACUGGCAGUUCGCUGGCGGAGUGCCGUACGUUGCGGGGUGGCCCUUGGUGGGAAAUUUCCUCGAUGCGUUUCUGUUCCGGAAGAGCACGUUCGAGCUGAUGGACGGCCUGUACCGAAAUCCCAAGGUCGAUGGAGGCAAGCUGUUUGGGGUGAGCAUACUGAUGCAGCCAGCACUGGUGCUUCGAGAUCCGGAACUGGUCAAGCAGAUGCUCAUCAAGGAUGCGACUUAUUUUAGCAAUCGAUAUAUGUGUACCGACCGACUGCAUGACACCAUUGGGUACUACAACCUCCUAAUGAUAAGAAAUCCCCACUGGAAACAGUUGCGGGCUUUCCUGACACCAUCGCUCAGUUUGAACAAGAUCAAACGAAUGUACAGCCUCGUUGACCAGAUUGGUAAGAAUAUGUUAGCAACUUUGGAUGGCGUACCCCAGAAACCGUCACAUCUACGAGAAACGGAAUUUAAGGAACUUUGUGCUCGUUUCACGACCGACGUGAUUGCAAGCACAUUUUUUGGAAUUCAAGCAAACUGUCUGAAUGAUGAGGACUCCGAGUUUCGUUACUAUGGGCGGAAGAUAUUCGAGUAUGGACCCAAGCGAGCCCUUAAUAUGGCGGCGUUUUUCUUCAUGCCAGAGCUGGUGCCGUAUCUGGGCUUCAAAUUGUUUCCCAGGGAUACGGAACAUUUUUUGAAGACGAUCAUCGAGCAAGAAAUCGGAAGAAGGGAAACGAGUGGUGAAAAUCGGGGCGAUUUCAUUGACUCGAUGAUUGCGUUGAAGAAUAAUGGGGCGACGAUUGGAGUGGAGGAGAAAAUACCACUCGAAGGCGACAUUUUAGUCGCACAAGCAGCCACCUUUUACAUGGCUAGUUUCGAAACAACAUCCUCAGUGUUGUCCUUCACACUGUAUGAAUUGACUAAAAAUCCGGAAAUACAGCAACGAUUGCGCGACGAGAUUACUUCAUGCAUCCACACAUACGGCCACGACCUCCCGUAUGAAUGUCUGGUCAACGAGAUGCCAUACCUGGGUAUGGUCAUCUCGGAGGCAGCGCGUCUGUAUCCUGUGCUGCCCUUUAUCGAGCGACAGUGCUCUUUACCGGAGGGCGCUACCGGGUAUAAACUGGAACCGUUCCACAGCUUUGUCGUUCCGAAUAAGAUGCCCAUUUUGGUGCCCAUAUACGCUAUCCAUCGGGAUCCAAAGUACUUCCCGGAUCCACUUCGCUUCAAUCCGGAACGAUUCUCGAAAGAAAACAUAGGCAACAUCGUUCCAUGUAGCUACAUGCCGUUCGGAGUAGGUCCCCGAACAUGCUUGGGAUCGCACUUUGGUACACUUCAAAUAAAAGUUGCUAUUGUGCGACUACUUUCCAAAUACAAGAUCAUUCGUUCGGAAUCUACUCCAGAAAGCCUAACGUACCGAAAGAAUGCAUUCACUUUGCACUCGAAUGAAGGAUUAUACGCCGAUCUGGAACUGGACGAAUUGUGCUGA